CCUUGAAAGCCAUAUAUGAUAAAAAGAAGAAAAGUAAUCAGUAUUCCAGAAUUUUAUGUCGGAAGUAUACUUUCUGUUUCUGCAAUGGAUCCCUAUUAUGGAAAAUGCAACACUUUUGUAGGAAUUUGUAUUCAGCGAUCAGGAAAGGGACUUGGUGCAACCUUCAUACUUCGAAGUAUAAAUGGACAAGGUAUUGAAAUCUGCUAUGAAUUAUAUAAUCCACUAAUCCAUGAGAUCAAGGUUUUGAAGUUGGAGAAGAGGGCCAGAUGAUACUUGAUGUAUUUACGAGAUGCUCUGCCAGAGUUCAGCACUGUUGAUGUAAACAUGAAGCCAGUGUCUUACAUACUUUAUGAUGACGUUCCUGUCAAUAAGAUGAAGGUCAAAAUGAAGCCUAAACCAUGGUCAAAACGCUGGGAACAUCCAAAAUACAAUAUCCAGGGCAUCAACUUUGACGACUAUCUUACAGAAAAAGACAAACAAAGAAUUAAAAAAUGGGAAAUGCCUUGGAGACAAUUUGAUAUGAUACUAGAGUAUGAUACAUCAAAAAUUGAAAAGGAAAUUCAGAAAGAAGUGAAUGAAGAGCUGAAUAAAAGCUAGGGGACUAUUACUUGGAAAGACCAUCGUUCAAGGAAUUUUAGGGUAUAUCUUUAACAGUGACUCUUGAAAAAGCAUGUAAAUGAAAGGUAUUCAUACUUAGGGUUUUUUAUGUUCAGCAAUCUUUACUUAUAUAAAACAUUCUAAACAAGAGAAGGUAACCUUUCUGACAAUUGAGGAAAAUAUGAAGGCCAUAAGAAACAUGUUGGUGACACGUUUAGAAAGGAUUGGUCCCCAAAGUUUUAACUUUUUUUGCAAUGGGAGGUAGCUAAAGUGUUUUCAUGGAUAAACGCACAUUUCAAAAAUAAUCCCUUAAUUUGUUGCCAAAGGGCUACAAAAUUGAAGACCACCUUCAAGGGUUGUUCAUGUCCAUUCCAGAGGUUUUUUGUAUUUGAUAAGGCAAAUAAAAAGAUAAAUACUGUA